CAUCACCAUGAAUACCACAUCGUCAUUUGAUGAUAAUUUAGUUUUAUUAUAUACACAUCUGGUCAAGAAUUAUGUACCGGACUAUUUCAAAGCCUUCGAAUAUACACCAUGGGUAUUUUCACUGCUGGGUUCAGUGGUAAUCGGUUUAAGUGGCAUUUUACCGCUUAUCAUUAUACCCAACGAUGAGAAAUUGAAAAAGCAAGGAUAUUCAGAUCCUGGUGAAUCAAAGUUCCUAAAAGUUUUAUUAAGUUUUGCCGUUGGUGGUCUAUUGGGUGAUGUGUUUUUGCAUUUAUUGCCCGAAGCCUGGGAGGGUGACACAUCUGCCGACCAUGAACAUUCACAUUCGCUGCGUUCCGGUCUCUGGGUCUUAGGUGGCAUACUUAUUUUCACAAUUGUUGAGAAAAUCUUCUCGGGCUAUUGUAAUGCCGAUGAGGAAAAUCCCCAGCCAAAAUGUGUUGAAAUUGCCAAUUGUCUGCUGCGACGAAAUGGUGGUAAAUUACCCGAGGGCCAGACAUCGAGCAGUUGUAGCGGCAACGGUUCCUGUGAUAUUGAAGAUGUACCCAACGGCUGUUUUUUGCGUGAACGUGAACAGAAAAAGGAACAACCGAAAAAAAUAGCUGGCUAUUUGAAUUUAAUGGCCAAUUCCAUUGAUAAUUUUACACAUGGUUUGGCUGUAGCGGGUUCAUUUUUGGUCUCAUUCCGUCACGGUGUAUUGGCAACAUUUGCCAUUUUAUUGCAUGAAAUUCCCCAUGAAGUUGGAGAUUUUGCUAUAUUAUUGCGUUCCGGUUUUAGUCGAUGGGAUGCUGCUCGGGCUCAACUUUUAACAGCUGGUGCUGGUUUAAUGGGUGCCCUGGUGGCAAUUGGUGGUUCAGGCGUUACAUCGGCUAUGGAGGCUCGCACAUCAUGGAUUAUGCCAUUUACAGCUGGAGGCUUUUUACACAUAGCAUUGGUUACAGUAUUACCUGAUUUAUUAAAAGAGGAAAAUCCCAAAGAAUCCAUAAAACAAUUAUUUGCACUGUUAGGUGGCAUAGCACUGAUGGCUGUAAUGACUGUUCUAUUUGAGCACUAA